AUGGAAGAUGACAAUCAAGACGGCCCACUUACGGUGUGGCAGAUGUUUAAUGCUCCUAUUAUGGUGCUAUUCAACAACUUGGAACAUGCCGAAGACGGACUUGAUAGAUUAUUGACUUCAAUUUUGAAAUUAUCGGGUGAUUUUUCCGAAGUUCUUGUACCAAGGUCUGCCUCUUCAAAAUAUCCGGAGUCUUAUUAUUGCGGUUUCAAUACAUGGCUACUGGGAAGGCUCUUCUAUAUUUGGUCUGUAAAACAAUUAAACCGAAUACAUGUGUCGUCGAAAGAAGCUCAAUUAAAAAUUCUAAAUAUAUUGGGCAUGAAUGGAGCACCUUUCUAUGAAAAGAUUCACUUUGAAUAUUGUUCAAUUCUCAGAAAAUUGGUACAUUAUUACAAAGACCAUUCAGAUCCCAAUGAAAGUAUAGAAUUGAAGCUUGAAAACUUUACAUCAGAACAGAUUGAUGAUCAAAAUCUUCCACUGAAUUUAGAGCCAAUAUUUGUUGAAGUAAAUGACAUCAAGACAUGUAAAAUUUUAAUAGAUUUUACUUUACAGCUGCUGUCCAGAAGUAUACCCAUAAAUUCCUUGCAUAUUGCUAAAACUAAGAUAUCACACGAAGAAUUAUUUAAUGAAGUCUUGUUCAUGUUAGGAAACUUUAGCACAGAUCUGAAACUAGUCUCGCUCAAGUUUUUUUCCAAUCUCUUAAUCAAUUAUAACCAAGUAGCUGUAUUCAAAUUCCAAAAGACGUUUCCAAAUAUUUUCACAGAGUUACUGAAUUGUUUAGAAGCUGUAGUUAAUGCAAUGGAAGUGCUACAUGACAAAGGAGAAAUCAGCAUGAUGCAUUUAGACAAAUUUAAUGAUGUCAUAAGUAACUUACUUACAAUUAUUGAAAGUAAUUAUGACAAUGAACAUGAACGGGCAUUAUUGACAAUAUGUACAACAAUACUACAGACAAAAAGCAAAGUUUUCAAUAAACACUUAAAGUUGUAUUGUCUAUCGCUUAGCAACAUUUUACAAUUUCCGCAAGCCAUUACUAGUAUCAAAAAUAGAGAUGCUAGUGAGGUAGAAAAGCUAUCCCAUUACUAUUACACCAAGAUAAUGGCACAUGUGGCAAAUAUUAGUGAAAGCAUAGAGCAUGUUCCAUUAUCAGAUAGUUGGCAUUAUUGUCAAGUAAGUGAUGUUAUUUGGGAUGCAAUGAUGGCUUGCUGUGAUAAACAUGAUGACAAACUACUGAUAUCUUAUCAUUUAAAGAGAUGUUUAGUUGUAUUGACCAUUCUACAGAAAGUUCAAGUCAAUAUGCAAGUGCUAUUCAAUGGCACAGACAGUCGUCUUCGUUGUGAUUCUUUAUUACAAAAAAAGCAUUGCUUGGAUGGCUUAAGAAUUUUAUUAAAAUUAAUGAGUGAACAUACACAUGACUUUCUACAAGACAACAAACAUUUAAAAUUGGGUCUAGAUGUUAUAUUUAGUGUAAUAAUUCCUUAUGGUUAUUGUACACAAUUUGAAACAAUUAAUCCAAUAUUCGAGAUUUUAUAUGGUCAUUUGACAUCAGUUAGUAAAGAAUACUAUGAUAAAAACAGGGAAAAUGUCGAUACUUUAGUUUUGAAAUAUAUACUAGCAUUGAAAUUGCACAUAAAGUUUGACAGUGAAGAGAAAAAUCAAAGAAUCUUAUCAUUGAUUUACAGUUUAAAUGAAAGAAAAACUACAGAUGUGUGUAAAGAGAUAAUUACGUUGUGCCCGUUAAUUCUACUGAACAAAGCGACUUUUAAAAACAUCUCAGCAGGGAAACUGAUUGGAGAUAUUUUAAUACCAGCAUUUCUUACAAAAGACGAAGAAAUUCAAAAGGAAAUUUCCAAAACUGUACCAGUCCUAGCUUGCAUAUCAAUGAGUUCUUAUUGUGUGGUAAUUACAACUGUCAAAGAUUUAGGGCAUACUAUAUUCUCCAGUGGAACUUUGCAUAUAUCUGUUGUUUGCUCAAAAUGCCAUAAUGGAAAUGAAAUUGUUAACAUGAAAAAACCAAAUAUAGAAAUCUUCUCAGAAUCUGAUUCUGCUACAACAUCCAAACUGCAAACUGUUAUUGGCCUUCGUCAUUUGUUUUCUAAGUUUUUAAACGAAAAACAAUAUAAAGCUAUUGAGAACACUGAAUAUUGGAAAGUUUUUGAGAGGUUGAGCAACCAUUAUUAUGCCUUUAAUUAUGGACUUUCAACCGAAAUUGUUCGAGAAGAAAAUUGUUCCCAGAUACUGAAGUCUCUUAAAGCAUAUGUUGACAAUUCUAUUGUUGAGAACGACAUUGAAUGGAAUGGUAACAAGGAGGCAGCUUUUGUUCUGUGCAUAAAUAUUUUGGUCAGAACAACGAAAUUAUGUCUAGAAAACAAUGACUAUACUGUACAAGCACAAACAUUGAACAAUAUAAAAGAAUUUGGAAUGAAGAACAAUGAUAAAGUUGUUUUACCAGUAACAAAGUUAUUGGUGUAUUUUAUUAUGCAUCCACAAUGCUCUCUUGGACCUAAAGCUGUUGUUUACUUGAGAGAGGUAUGCGAAAGACAAGGAUUCACACCCAAUCAAGUGUACCACAGAUUCAAGAAGGAUUACUGCAGACUGUUUGUGGAAUGCAGUUUAUAUAACGGCAAAGAUUUUGCCAUUGCACUUCUCAAAGUUGUCAGGGCGUUCGGUUUUGUUGGAUACCGAGAUUUCAUUUCAAAAGAUGUCCACCAUUUUCUGCCGUACCUUAUACCUUAUUCAGUAACUAUAAAAGAAGUUCCGUCAAUGAUUGAGGAAAUAGCGUCUUUGGUACAAUGUUCGGGGUCUGAUUUUCUCGUUGAGCGAUUCCCACACAUUUAUGUUCAUGUUUAUCUGAAUGAACAUAAAGAUGUGUCGAAAAAAUGCUAUGAUAUUAUCGAGAAAUUGACAAAGACCUCCAUACUAAACUUGAUAAAGAAGCACUUCAGAGUGAUAUUGACUGAAUUCCUGUUGCAAUAUUGUUGCAAUACAGAAAAGGUCUUGAAUGCUUGCAGAUUCCUGGCUUGUCAUGACCCUGAUGUCUCGACAGCAAUUGACAGUAUAGGCAUGAGCACUACCCAAAUAGCAGAUUUUUUGAAUCCAAAAUUUUUGGGCGUCCUGGCUUAUUUUGAUCAUAAAUUGGUCAAUGCUAAAGUGGCAUUAUCGGUCAAGAGAAAGGCGUUGAAGAGUUUUCCUGAUAUUAUGCAACUAAUGGGAGUCAAGUAUUUGACUCCGUUAAGAUUUAAAGUGCUAGCAACCUUGAGAUCUGCUCUGCCAUUAGCGAAGGAGUUUCCGAAAAUACUAGCUGAAGCAUGGAGCGCAUUCAUUCAUAACAUAGACAGUAUAUCUUUGGGGCCAUUGUUGUCAAAUCUUGCAGUUUCAUUAAUACAGCAGUUUGAACAUGCACCGCAAGAAAUCAAUAAAAUACUCCACUAUCUUGUCUUGAACAAUGAGAAUCUGCUGAGCUCUCACAUGUCUGAUUUGUUCUUUUUGGAGAACACCAAAAUAUCUGAAAAAAUUAAGAUGGUUAUCAAAAGGCAUGUGCGAAGAACGCAGCCUGAAGAAUUUUUAGACAAGAUUAAGUGGUACUUACAGCAUUUGAACCAAGAUAUACCUAGUAUUAAAGCAUACGCUUUCUCCCACUUGGACAAGCUAUUAAAGAUGAAUAGAAUUGACAUUCACAAAGCGAUUUUUGCUGGAAAAUCUAUUGAUCCCAUUAUAGUGGACCUAAUAGAUGCUUUACUGCUUGGAUGUAAGGACUCAGAUUCCCAAGUAAGCGCUGCAAGUGGCGCGUGUCUUGGUCAACUUGGAGCGAUAGAAGCAGGUCAUCUUCCGCGGCAGUACGUACAACCCGACCGCUCUCCAUUCGCCUUCUCGAUUGGCGACAACUGCUUCGCUGCCACUGCCCUUGUAGAACUUUGUAGAGCUUUUCAGUAUGAGAAAGAUACCACGAACAUGGAUUGUUACGCCCUAACCAUACAGGAGAUGUUAAAAAUUUACGAUGUAUCACCCACUGGUAGCAAAAAAGAAGUCUGGGAGAGUUUUCCUGAGCAUAUGCAUCAGAUUAUGCAUCCUUUGCUUAGUUCAAAAUACAUUUUGGCGUAUCCUUCUCAGCCAAAGAAAGCACACCCUUUAUUUGGAUCGGCUUAUGCUACCACGUUUCUUGAAUGGGCUUACAACUGGGCUGGUCAACUGAUUCCUCUAAUAGAAUCUGAAAGCAUCCGCGAACUCCUGCGCACAGUUCAACCAAGCAUGCGCCGUGACGUCAGAACGUUAUUCUUAUUUUUGCCGUAUGUGUUACUCCACUCUAUAAUGUCUAAGAACAACCCGCAGUACGUGCAGGAGGAAAUUCUUGCCGUUAUUGGUCUCGAGAACUUUGAACAUGAAACAACGGUAGCAACAGAGCGAACCAAAUAUAAAAUGUUACGUCACAUCAGAAUGACUCCUAGCAUCAACAGUAUACAAGCUGAGGAAGGAAAUCAGAGUAAAUGUUGUAAAACGAUAUAUACACUGUUCGACUUUCUGAACAGAUGGCUUUUGGAGUGGUGUCAUUCAAAGCAACGGCCGUUGGAAAACGAGAAUUAUAAAGCAAUAUCCUCAUUUAUGGAGAAAUUCGACAAGCUAACAAUAGCACAAGGCAACUUCUUAUGUGGCGAGUUGGAGCGAGCUUUGCAAUAUCUCGAGCUGUAUAUGGACGAACGGCAGGGAAGGAUCCAGGAACAGCUGCCGUUCUUGGCUGAGAUUUACGCUUUAUUGGAUGAACCGGACGCCGUUGCUGGAAUUUUAUCAAUCAAAAGAUCAGAGCCGUCUUUAAAAGAGCUAAUCCUGGCCCAAGUAGUGACUGGUAGGCUUCAAGACGCGGCGUUAUGUUACGAGCGACUUGCACAAGAAGGACAGCUCGAUAGACAUAGUUUGCAGGGCAUGAUAGACUGUUACCUGGGCUUAGAUCAGCCGUUCACAGCACAUCGUUUGCUUAGCGAACACGAGUCUGAUGACAGGAUGAUGGAGCUAGCUGCUGAGCCGCUAUGGCGCCUGGGCCGGUUUGAUCGACUCGAGGACUUAGCGAAAAAACCUGUGCCGACAUGUCGAGAGAACUGGGGACUCCUAAUGGGCAAGGUACUGCUUGCAUAUCGUAACCAAGACCACGAUGCAUUCGUCGCAUCUUGCAAUAAUGCUAUGAGUAGGUUGCUGGCUCAAAUGGACGGGGAGACGAAAGGCGAGAGCGCGCUACGCAGUGGAUAUCAAAGUGUGCUUGGUUUGCAUAUCGUGAGCGAAGCUGGACAUGUUGAGGAAGUUUUGAGAAGACUAAAGAUGUUAAGUGAUGGUGAUCGACAAGUUACAGAUGUGUUAAAUCAACUAUUAGACGAAUGGCGUCGACGUCUUUUAGUGGUACAAUCUGACGUCCGUACCAUCGAGCCUUUGCUUAGAUUGAGGAGAAUAUUUUUGCAGCAGACACAGGAGCUGUUAGCACCGACACAUGCUCAAACUGCGAGUAGAUUGAAAGCGUGCAUAGGAGACUUGUGGCUGCAAAGCGCCAAACAUGCUAGAAAGGCUGGUAUAUUCCAACAGUCUUACAUGUAUAUUUUGAACGCGGAAGAAUACCAGCCAGAGGAGUUGUUCAUAGAGAAAGCCAAGAUGUACUGGGCGAGAGGUCAACACGAGCACGCGUUUACUACCCUCCGUCGCGGGUUAGAGGACGCUUAUCCACAGAUAGAUCAACUCAAACAAGAACAAAGGAAGACUUGCGCAAAAGCAAAAUUGUUGAUAGCUCAGUAUAACGACGAGACGACGAAUGUGGAUGUUGACGUCAAUAUUGGCUAUUAUAAAGAGGCUGUUGAUGUUUUCAAGCAGUGGGAGAAGAGUUUGGUAUGUCUAGGUACGUACUUCGAAAAAGUGAGUACCGGUGACAAUAGCAGUUUGGCGUGGUCGCGGAGACUGUGCGCUCUAAACAGUUACGGCAAGGCGCUACAGUGCGGGCACAAAUAUUUAUACCAAAGUAUGCCUAGAAUGCUAUCUAUUUGGCUGAACGUAGAAGUGACGUCAGCGGACACAAGCAUCCAUUCCGUAUUGGCUCAGAUGACGGAAGUAAUAAAGACAUAUUCCGAGAGAUUACCUCUCUACCUAUAUUUGACAGCUUUUUCACAAAUUGUGUCUAGAAUAUGCCAUCCUGUGAAAGAGGUAUAUCUCCAACUAAAAGCUAUAAUAGUUAAACUGAUAUUGGCCUAUCCACAACACACGCUAUGGAUGAUGAUGUGCGUCAUCAAGUCAGGGUACCCGCAGCGCAUCAAGCGCUGUACUGAUGUAUUCGCAGAGCCUCGUCUGAAGGAGCCUAGGAUGUUGCGACUCUUCAAUGACUUCACCCAGUUAGCUGAGAAGCUUAUUGAGCUAUGUAAUAAGCCUAUAGCGGGAAGUGGAUCUACAACAACAGUGUCCUCUCUAGUCCGUACUCUCCCACGUUUAUUAGCUGCAGACAACUUCAGUCGCAUCAUGAUGCCAUUCCAAGAGUUUUGCAAAGUGGUGCUACCGUCCAAGGCAGCGGGACAGGAGCGCAUUGACUUCGUUAUGCCUGCAGAACCGCCUGUGUAUAUCGCCGGGAUUGAGGAAACAAUUAAUAUAUUACCUUCGCUACAGAAGCCUAGGAAGGUUACUUUGAAAGGAUCUGAUGGAAAAGCCUACAUAAUAAUGCUAAAACCACGCGAUGAUCUUCGCAAAGACUACCGCCUGAUGGAAUUUAAUGGAGUCGUAAACAGAUUCCUGCAAGACGCCUCUGAGACGCGACGUAGAAGACUUUACAUAAGAACGUACAGUGUUUUACCACUGAAUGAAGAAUGCGGCUUGAUCGAAUGGGUGCCCAAUUUAGUAGGAUUAAGACCUAUAUUGAUUCAUAUUUAUAAACAGAAAGGCAUCCACACUAGUAACCGGGAACUGAAAGAGAUGAUGUGCUCAAACAAAGACUCUGUCGAGAAAAAGCGACGAGUGUACGAAGAACAAUUGUUACCGAAACACCCACCAGUUUUUCAGGAAUGGUUUCGACGAGUGUUUGCCGAUCCAUAUGGAUGGUACCAAGCUAGAUCAGCCUACAUACGUACGACGGCCGUCAUGUCUAUGGUCGGAUAUAUUUUGGGACUCGGCGACCGGCACGGAGAGAACAUAUCCUUUGAUUCAACUAACGGUGAUACAGUGCAUGUAGAUUUCAACUGCCUAUUUAAUAAAGGCGAGGCAUUCGAGUGGCCCGAGAGAGUACCGUUCCGCCUUACACACAAUAUGGAAGCUGCUAUGGGCCCACUUAGACAUGAGGGCAUGUUCAGGAAAAGUUGCGAAGCAGUAAUGCGCGUACUCCGCGAACAAACAGCAGCGUUGAUGUCCGUUAUCGAGCCGUUCGUGUACGACCCGCUGGUAUCGUGGGGCCGUGCUCGGCCCGUGGAUUGCGGGGAACGGACCAAUGAGCAGGCAUUGCACCAUUUGCAGCAUAUUCGACAGAGGCUCAACGGCAUGGUUAAGACAAAGAACAAGCAGUUAUCGCUCUCGCUGUCUCCAGAAGGGCAAGUGGAGCAUCUCAUUGUAGAAGCAACGAGCAUCCACAAUCUUUCUCAAAUGUAUAUUGGGUGGGGUCCAUUCCUGUAAUAAAUAUGAUAUUAAUUACCAAUGUGCCUUAGUAAGCGCCUUUUUUUUGUUUACAUUCUAACUGAAUAUAAGGUUUUAUUUGUUCAUUAG